CGAUGGUCAAACAGCCGCACGGGGAAAGUUUAACCUUUCACCCCGCCGGUCUACUUCCUCUUCCCGUUACGGCUAAAGCAGCGUCAGCAUGGUGCAGCGUCUGACUUACCGCCGUAGGUUGUCCUACAACACCGCCUCCAACAAAACCCGGCUAUCCCGGACUCCUGGAAACAGGAUCGUCUACCUGUACACCAAGAAGGUGGGAAAAGCUCCCAAGUCGGCAUGCGGCAUCUGUCCUGGAAGACUGCGUGGGAUUCGGGCUGUCAGACCUCAAGUUCUGAUGAGGCUCUCCAAAACCAAGAAGCACGUCAGCAGGGCCUACGGCGGCUCGAUGUGUGCCAAGUGUGUGCGUGACAGGAUCAAGCGUGCUUUCCUGAUUGAAGAGCAGAAGAUCGUCGUCAAAGUGCUGAAGGCGCAAGCACAGAGCCAGAAGUCAAAAUAAACUAUUUGUAGUGCUAAAAUAAAAAAA